AUGAAGGAUAGGCUUGAGGAACUGAAAAGCCUAGUAAACCAAGGAAGAGACUUUGCAGAGUUGGACGAUAAUUUGGUUUUUGACAAUGCAGCUUUCAAGGACAGUGAGACUAACUCUCUACAGAAGUUCUUUCAGGAAGUGGCUGAGCUGUCCCUGGAGCUGACAGAUCUAAAAGGGCUGUCUGAGUUAAUAGAUAAAAAGCAGCAAGAUGUAUUAUGCUGCACUACAGAGGAGAGUGUGUUCACGGAGAAGAAUGAUUUGAAUAUCAUGAAGGCCUCUUUUGCCAGCCAAGCCCAGUUCAUCUAUCCCAAAAUAACUGCCAUCCAGCAUGAACUGACCACAGACUGUAAGUAUUGGCGGGUUGAACACCGCAUCCGUCAGAACCAACUCUCUGUCCUCCUCAGUCGCUACCAUGCCAUCAUGAGCCAUCACUUUGUCUGUGAGGCAAAGUAUAGGGUAAGGCUGAAGGAGAAGAUGUUGAGGCAGGCUGAACUAGCAGGCCUGAAGCUUCGGGAGGAAGACCUGGAGAAUAUGGUGGCUAGCUCUCUGGCUCCUCCAAUUGUGGGUCAUGAUCUAGAUAUCUUGAAAGCUAAGCAGGUCCUGGCUGUGGCCCAAGUCCGUCACCAGCAGCUACUGGACCUGGAGUAUGAGAUUAGUGAGUUACAUACCAUCUUUCUCCAACUGGAGAUACUCAUCUCAGAGCAACAGGAAUUGGUGGAUAACAUUGAGUACAACAUUUUGCACACCCAAGACUACAUUGAACAGUCAAAUGAGACAAUGAAGAAAGCUUUUAAAUGUAAGUGCCCAUCACGUUUUUUGAUGAUGGUAUCCACUGUGGCAGGACUCUGUGCCUGUUGUACAUGCCUUUCCUGUAUGACCAGGACCCUAAAUUGA